GCGAUGCACCUGCUACAGCUGUGAUAAUCCGCGUUUAAUCUGCGCAGCAACGUGUCUUUUAACUAAUUAAACUCACUACAAUUCGUACUGACGCUUUAAUUGAACGUGUACUAUCGUUUACUUUAACCAAAAUGUCCACGGAGGAGCUGUCAGCGUCGGACAGCGAGGCGAUGAUGGCCGGGGCUGGAGAGCGGUGGGCUCCGGUGGGCGCUGUGGCUACCCCCGAGGAGGAGAGCCGAGGGCAGCCGGGGAACAGACGCUCCAACUCGGCUUCAGAGGAGGAGAUGGCCAUGAGGAUGAGGAAGCUGGAGGAAGAGCAGGAGCUGUUAAACUCGUCUCUCCUCGCUUUGACGUCCCACUUUGCUCAGGUGCAGUUCCGUCUGAAGCAGAUUGUUCAUGCCCAGAGCGAGGAGAAGGAGAGGAUGCUGGCGGACCUGGAGGAGUUCGCUUUCCGAGGAUGUCCACACGUUGUCGGCUGCAGGCCCCAGGAUGCCUCGCUGCUUCAGAACUCGACGGAGAGAGAGAAGAGGGAGCGACUAGAGGCUCAGAGGGAGAAACAGAAGGACCUGAUCUUUCAGUUGAAGACUCAGCUCGAUGACCUGGAGCGAUUUGCCUAUCAGGAGGGCAGCUACGACUCCCUGCCCCAGUCUGUCGUCAUGGAGAGGCAGAAGGUGAUCAUAGACGAGCUGAUAAAGAAGCUGGAUGUGAAUUUGAACGAGGACAUCGGGAACCUGAGCCCAGAGGAGCUGAGGCAGAGAGUGGACAUGGCCAUCGCGCAGAUUGUGAAUCCAGCCAGAGUCAAAGAGCAGCUGGUGGAGCAGCUCAAAACACAGAUACGAGACCUCGAGAUGUUCAUCAACUUCAUACAAGAUGAGGUAGGAAACCCUCUUCUGUCUGGAGGAGCUAACUGUCAGCAACCUCAAAGUGAAGGAACUCAGACCAGAGCUCCAGGGGUCAAGAAGAAAGUGGACCCAGAGCAAGCACAGAAGCUCAGAGAGACCGGUCUUCAGCUCAUUCAACGCGCUCUGGCAGUCCUCCAGAUCUUCGCUGCCAGUCAGUUUGGCUGCGGCACGGGUCACGUUCCCCAAAACAUGUGGUCCCCCAACGCCACUGGGCAAGACUAUGGACCCCUUCUACAACGCCUGGAAACUGCUGUCGACAAAGUAAGAAUUUUAGGUUCAAGACGCCAGCCCUCUUUCGAACAUGUCGUGAACUACACCAGUAAUGCUGCUUUGGGACCCAGAGAUGAGCUAACAGCGGCUGUACGCAAAGAGCUAGCUAUAGCGUUGAAAGACUUGUUAGCGCACGGUUUAUGCUCACCAUCACAAACUGUCAGCUUGGUUUUAGCACCAAUAUCGUGCCUACUUCCUUACCGAACUACCCCGCGAGAUCUGCAUCCUUGGGAACUUUUCGUUAAAUACUACCACUCCAAAAACGGUAAAGCUUUCGUUGAAUCGCCAGCAAGACAGCUAUCGCAAUCCUUCAGUCUGCCAGUAGGGGGCGGGCAGGUGACUGUAACGCCAAAGCAGUCUCUUCUAUGGGCGAUUCAUACAGUUCUUAACGAGCACGAUAGAUUUAAAAGAGGUCCAGAUACGGAGUUUAAAGCUUUAAUUUGCAUGGCGUUGAAUGAACAAAGACUAGUUUCCUGGUUGAAUUUGCUGUGUAAGUCUGGAACCCUCAUUCACCCACAUUAUCAGCCGUGGAGUUACAUGGCGCAAACUGGAUUCGAAGGAGCGUUGCGUAUUUUGGGACGAAUCAGCCACCUUAAAUUCAACCUCCCCGUGGACCUCGCUGUGCGGCAACUCAAGAAUAUAAAGGACGCUUUCUGAAAAUAUGCGAAAUUGUUGUAUCCAAGGUUUGUAUGCUUACAUAGUAUAAGCUGGCAGGGGCGUAGUACUGGGGGGUUAUAGGGACUGUUUACCCAGGGCCCAGUGUACGGAUUGCCUGACCAGACAGCCCCUUUUACAUUCUGUAUGAAUCCAGAAGGGACUGAGGCUGGACCGAAGAGUGUGAAAAUCCUCCGUCCGAACUUGAGACAAUCCAAUGACAGCUGACUAAUCUGUAGCACGUGUCAAAUACAGAAGACCUCUCCUUUCUCAAAUUCUGGUAACAUUCAGAACAAAAUAUAUAACUCAAUUUACCUGAAAUAAAUAUCAGUUUGGUGCAUCAGUUGUUGAUUCUGUAAAAAUCUGUACAGCUUCUCAGUUCUUUAUGUGGAACUGAUUGGUUAAUCUGCCUGUCAAUCACACCCUUUGAAAUCAGGGAGACAGGAUAGAGCUCAAGAUCCACUUGUCUUCGUAAGGUUUUGUCAAAGUGUGUGGUUCUGACUGGUCAGGUAAGUGUAUGUAGGGGCCACUCACAAAAUCUGUAAUGUUUUUUUUUUCAUUAGCCAAUAUGUAGUGGGGGCCCAUCAAGAUGAUUUGUACCCAGAGCCCAGAAUUUGGUGCCACACCCCUGUAAGCAGGAGACUAAACACAGCAUUUCAAGCUUAAAUAAUUCAAUAUUUAUGCUCCCUUUACAUGUGAAAUUGGUUUAAAGCAGAACUAAGUAAGUAACUUUCAGCGAUAGAGCUCCCCCUGCAGCUCCCUUAUGAGAACACACUGUCAGGGAAGAGACUCAAAAGCACUUUUUUUUUUUCUUUUUUAUUGAAGUAACAUUGCCAGAAAGAGCCAGAGUUUCCCAGGACAACUCUCUCUCCAGGUUUAAGUUUCGAGGUUUAUUAUCUGUCAUUCAAACAUGCAAGAGAAAGACAUGACCCUGUGAUUAAACGAGAUGAGAACGAGCAGAUGUCUGCCAUGUUGUGAGGCUGUUUUUCCGCUUAUAGCCAGCAGGGGGAGACAACGGACACUGUAAACACACCAAAAAUACAUAUUUAGCCAUCACAGGGACUUACAAAAAUGUUUAAUAAGGUAAUAUGUUACUUAGUUCUGCAUUUAGGCUUUGUGCUUACUGUAAAAGCAUUUAUGCCAGAUGCUCUUCCUAAUGAAACCCUCUCCAUAUGUACAGACUGAACUAGUGCAAAAUGUAUUCAAAAUGUAAUGAUAAAAAAACAUUACUAUGAACUAAUGACAAACAGUGUAAGUAUUAUUUGACUUGAGAUUGUUACCUGCAUUUCUGUAUUCAUGUUAAAGGUGCACCGCAUAACUUUUCUUGUGUCCCUGGAGAUGUUUUUGCUUUGUCAAGAAUUUUCCUCAUUACGGAAUUGUGACAUUUAUUUCAUUGUGGGUCUUUUAUUAUCAAAAAUACUGGGUAGAUCUGACCUGUAAGUUGGCCUUGUGAUGCCAGCCUGCUUGUGUACCUAGCUACAAAUCAUUUUAAUGCCACAGUGUGAAACAUUCUAGGUGGCAAAGCAAUUUCCAACACUCCUGAUCCUCCACCAGAACAGUUGCGCAUUGCACCUUUAAUAUAUGAGUUAGAAAAUGGAUUCAAAAUGUACAUUGACAGGUUUUUUUACUGAAAGUUUCUUAUUUUUGUGAGAGACCUCCUUAAACUGUAUUUGCAAAACUGCUGGAGAAAAGUCUAAUAUUUGCUGCUUUAACCUGAGCUCAUAGGUUUUAAAUGCCCUUUGUUGAAGCUGCAUGACUUAAGUGUAAAUGCAUGGACAGUCCCAGUGAAUUUCUGUGUAAAAAUUCUAUAUUGUUUUUGCUGAAUAUGCCUUAGUAUGUGGUGACUGUGCUGCUGAUUACAAUUACUGUAUGAACUGUUAAGAACAUACUUGUAUUGUUACUCUUUCAUCCAAAUUAAAAACAUCCGGUUAACAUUAUUAUUUGAAAACUUAAAAAUGUCUAAGAUUUGACCAAUCACAUCGUACUUUACUUACUGAAUCUUCCGUAAUGCAACUGGGGCAACCAAACGGGCAGUAAGUAGAGUUGCCAAAAUUCUGCUCACUAAGAAUAAUGUUACUUCAAAAUGAUAUUAUUCUAGUUGAGGUAUUUAGGUAAGCUACAAAUAAAAGUAACUGCCUGAACGUAACAUCUGAUUUCUAAUUAGAAAUGGAUUUGGCAGAACGUAAAAUUAUACACAAAAUUUGGUAUUUUCAAAUUAUAGAAGACGACAAAAUAAACUAGAAUAUCUGAAGGAGCAGUGCAAGAAACACAGAUGUUCAAAUCAUUUAAUACUGAUAACAUAAACCUUUUGUCACUUGCAUUUACUCACUGCGGGAACAGCAACAGAAUUUUACUCAAGUAGAGUACUGUUACACUACUACUGACUACUUAAUACUACUUUUACUACUGCUACUGCUAUUACUACUAAGACUAUUGCUACUACUACUGCUGCUGCUACUAGUGCUAGUGCUAGUGCUACUGCGACGACGACUACAACUACUACUACUAAUAAGUUCUACUAAGUACUACUACUACUGAUGCUACUACUACCACUACUACUGCCACUACUGUUAGUACUUCUACUUUUCGUACUGGUAAUGUUACUACUGCCUUCUACAAACACUACUACUGCAAAUACUAAUUCUACUACUAAUGCUUUUUUAGUUCAUUUAAUAUGCACUUUAAACUAAUGUACUACUACUACUGCAUUUUCUUCCCUUAUUAUAUACAUCUGUACUCACAUAGGACAGUUUGUACUGAAAACCCCUUUAUGGCUUUACAAGUUUAUUUUUAGCUGUUGUGGUUUCACAUACUGCGCUAACAUGUAUAACAUCUAUGAGUGCUUGGCAAAUCGACCAAAAUGCUACUACCGCCUUUUGGCUUAUAAUUUAGUGUGAAAUUGUUGUCAUUCCAUGUAUUAAACAUUGCACCCAGUGAACUGCUGCUCCAGCUCUAUUUUAUGUUUAAAGGGCCUAUGUUGCACGAUUUUCUGAUCUAUGUUAUAAUGUUGUUUCCUCAUCACAAACAGAUCUGGAGUUGUGUUUUUUGUUCUGUAUAUUUAGGCUGAGUUCUGAAGUUUUUAAACUCCAUACCCCUUCACUAGUUAAUUUCAGCCCUGGAAUUGCCAGUUUCUACAAAACAAAAGGUAAAAAGUGGCUGUUAACUUUGACCUUUGAAUUUAAUUUGAAAACCACCACUUCAUGACAUCACAAGGAUGGACAGACUAAUAAUAAAGGAUUACUCAAACGUGUGAAUGAAACAAAACACAACUCGAGCUAUGUUUUUGUGGAGGUAACAACAUUCUAACAUGGCAAAAAGCGUAAACAUAAAAAUUUGUGUAAUAUAGGACCUUUUUAAAUUUGCAGUUUCAUUUGACCUUUUAUUUGUUAAGAAAUUAUUGAGUUUUGUUACGUUGAUGUCUGAAUGUAUAAACAAAAGUGCUAUUAUCUCAUUCAUGUGCAAAUGUUUGUAAAUUGUAUUCAUAAUUUCAAAUAUAUUUUAUCUUUUCUGUCAAAUAUUUAUUUAUGGAGUCAUAUGUAGCUCUAAUUGAUUUAGCAGCCAAUUAGUAGCCAAUUUUCAAGACGAUUUUCUGAUUUUCUGUUUGUUGGUAAUUGCAAAUUCCAACAAAAUUAAGUAUUUAUGUUUUGUUUUUGUUUUUAUUAUAUCCCAAAUAAAGCUGGAAUAAAAGCAAAAUUUUAAUUCAUCAUA